AUGUUAAACUUAAAUAGAAGUAAAACACUGUUUAAUUAUAAUUUGAAUAUAGCUAAAGCUAUUCCUGUUGAGGAUAUAAAAAAAUCUCUUAAUGAUUAUAAAGUUAAGAAUAAUAUUGAAGUGUUUAAAAAUAAUAACAACUUAGGUCACUAUUUAGCAGGUGUUACAACGUUAAAUAGAGUAUUAAAUCCUAGAAUAGUAUUUACUUCACAUAUUAAUAAUUUGGGUAUGUAUGCCUUUAUUCAAUCAGAAUUAGGUAAUAUAGGACGUUUCCAAGCUUCAGGUAAUAACGCUAUUCGUUAUAUUAUAGGAGAUAUAAAAGGUAUUAUGCUUUUUAUUAAUUUAAUGCACGGUUUUACGGAGUCUGACGGACAUUUUGGAAUUAAGUAUCUAGAAAGAAAAACUAAAUCAGAUACUCGUAAAAGAUCUGUUAGUGAAAGUGUUACUCUUAAAUUUAUAUUGAAUAAGCGUUUAUUUGAUAAACCGACAUCUUCUUCUAUGAAACCUUUUAUGGAAGAUUUAGCCUUAUUUUUAUCUUGUAAUCUUAAAAGUUAUAUUAAUAAUACAAACUCAGAAAUAUUAACUGUAAGUGUAUCAUCUUUAGAAAGUGUAAAAUUCCUUGUUAAUUAUUUUAAUAAAUAUCCGUUAAUAGGGGAUAAAUUAAAUGAUUUUAAGAAAUGA